CAUCAGCCGCCACCUUCCCCUCAUCUCACACACCUGCAAAAACAGAAACAUAGUGAGAGAGAGAGAGAGAGGAGGUCGAAAGGAGAGGAAGCAAGAUGAAAGGCCAAAGCUCACAUGCAAGCCGAUCCCCAGAGUAAGUACUUCUGUUCAAUGAAACCAACUAGAGAGAUGAGCUCAGAAAGAGGGAAUGGUUGUGUAAGAGCAGAAGCAAUGAUGAAUAGAGUGCCCAUAUCGACUUGUCUCACAUGUGGCAAUCAAGGCUGGCCCGAAUGGUUAGUUUUCUGCAACAAGUGUCACGUCUACGCACUGCAUAGGUAUUGUUUAGAUGGGCCUGUAAUUAUUCAUGAUGCUGUUACGUGGUUUUGUGAGGAAUGUGAACUUGAGAAGCCACCGUCUCCUAUGCAGAACAAACCAUAGUGGUCAUCUCCUUUAGUUUGUUUAACUUUAAGCCACUUCUUUGUGUAAAACAUCAACAUCUAAAAAUAUUUCAUCAGCUAUAACUUGCCCUUUUGAGUGUGCUUUAAAAA